AUGAUUCUUGAAUUUUUCUCUUGCGCUUUCGGAUGGACCUUCAUUGCGAUCGUUGUCGGGUUCUAUUGUCUGAUCCCAAAGCAGCGACCAAUAUUCCCAGUCGUCAACGACUAUCCCGGCGAUAUCUUUCGCCGAAAGGCGUAUCAGGAGUACUGCAAAAAUGCUAAACAAUUAAUUGCCGAGGGUUUCGCCAAGUACAAUGGGCCAAUCACUCUACUUGUGCCUAAUGGGAUGAAAAUCGUCUUGCCUUCGGUUCUCACAUGUUGCGGCGGCUUUGCAGCAUCACUGGGGGAAAGCGAUUCCUGGCAUACAAUUGACUGGGAUAAAGACACUACAGGGAUCAUUUCACUGGCAGCGGCCUCAGUAUUUGUGGGACCCGAGAAGGCCAGCGACCCUGAAUGGCAGGCUCUUGUCCAGACAUAUGUACGAGAAUUUUUCGCUGCGGUGGAUGAGCUUCAUACGUGGCGAGCGCCUUUCCGGCCGAUCGUACAAUGGUUUUUGCCGCACACCUCGGCAUGCCGUGUUCUUGUCCGGAGAGCUCGCGUAAUAAUACGUGAUGUGGUCAACAGAAGAGCCGAAGAAACGGAAGUGGCACAACGGCAAGGACGAAAUGCACCACGGUACAACGAUGUUCUUUCCUGGACCUUGGAUAUAUCAAGCAACAAGCUACCAGCUGGCGACAUUCAACUCGCUCUGGCCAUGGCAGCACUUUUCACAACUAGCGAAGUCCUCAGGCAGAUUCUUAUCGACAUUGCCAAACAUCCUGAGCUUACCGCACCACUGAGGCAGGAGAUCAAGCAAUCAAUAUCUGAUCAUGGAUUUUGUCAGGCUGCGCUGCAAAAGAUGGAAUUACUGGACAGUGUGAUGAAGGAGUCUCAAAGACAGAUUCCUAUUUCAGUGGGGUUGGAACGUAAAGUGAUACGUGAUACCAUGCUCCCGGAUGGGACGACAAUACCGAGAGGUUCUCAUAUAAUGGUCGACUCAAGUGAUAUGUGGAGCCCAGAAGUUCACAAUAACCCUCACAUGUACGACGGGUAUCGUUUCGUGAAGCGGCGUCAUGCGGGAGAUAAAGCAAGCCAAUUUGUGCAGUCGAGUCGAGAGCAGAAUAGCUUUGGCGGCGGUAGACAUAUUUGCCCUGGCCGGUUCUUCGCGAGUACUGAGUUGAAGAUAUGUUUAGCCCACAUUCUGUUCAAGUACGACGUCAGAUUGAAGGAGGGUUAUUUUUCCACGCCCCUAAAUGUCGGGGUUUACGCAAGUGUUGACCCCGCUGCACAGGUAGAGCUUCGACGGAGAGAAACAACUGAAAGCUUUCCAUUGUAG